AUGGCCGAGCUUUCCCUCCUCGGUGUCUUGGCCCAUCUGCGAAGGAGCCAGAGAUUCGUAGCGUCUGUGGCGCGGGUCUGCGGCGGCGCGCCAUACCUGAAAGAAGCUGGUCUCGCCGAUCUACCUCUAUCUCAAAAAACUCGUCCCGAAGACGCAGGAACAGAAGCCCCGGAUCUGCUAACAGCGGCAAUGGCUUGCGCCGUUCACGAAGCCGUCGAACCCAUGUCCUAUGCUUUGGGGGCGAAAUUGGACGCGCUGAUCGACCAGCUUCUAUGUGGCUUCUCCGAUCCUUCUACCGGGACCUUCCUAGGUAUUAAGAGAUCGGAGGUGCAUGGUAUCACAUCAGCAACAAGCGCUGCAAGUCAGUUUUCUGAGACGACCUAG